AUGGAUGUGUUUAGUGCCGUCGUUUUCAGUUGUUUUCGCUGCCGUAUUGAAUGUUUCCAUUGCGAUUUCUUCUGAAUCGGCCACAACAUACACUUCAGAUGCGUCAAAAUCUAUACAUUGAACUAUCGUUCCGUACUCAACUCAUUCAUUCGGUAUUUUCGUUUCCAACUAUAAAUAAUAGACAGUGAAGUAACCCGGCCAUUUUGCAAUUUAAGCGGCAUGAAAGUUUUUUUUUCUCCUCUCCUUUGACAUCGAAUUCGGAUGUGUCUGAUAUUAAAAGCAUUUAAUAUCAAUAUUUAACAUGUUUACAAUUUGUUAAAAAGACAAUUUGGGCAGCGGCCACAACGCAAUCGUAUGACAAACUCGAUUGAGUUUUCAUGAAGAAUUUUUUUUUCAUUUGAUAUCAAGUGUCAAUUAGUUUCAAACAAUACAAAACCACACAAAAUCAAGGAAAAAAAUGCAAUUGAGUCCAGUUUAAAGUUGUUGUUGUUGUUUUUUUGGUGAAAAAUAAUUGUUGCGGUUUUUAGGAGCGAAGGAUUAAAACGUAUCGAUAAAUAAAUUACUGUACCAACAUAACAAUAGAAAAAAGAUUGUGAGAAGAGAAAAAAUCGCGAUAUCCACUCAGUUUUCCAGUGCUAUCAUACGAAAAACAAUUUGAACGGAAUCAAGAUGAUGUUUACAGGAACCAAUCAACAACAGGACACUCGUUUCAGCGAUAAGGAAAAGAAACUGCUGAAACAAAUGAAAUUCGGCGACUGCUUAAAUCAACGGGUUGAUAUGGACAAAGUGAAACUCGACGUCUUACGACCAUGGAUAAGCAAGAAAAUCACCGAAUACUUACACAUUGAAGACGAUGUUGUCGUUGAAUUUGUAUACAAUCAACUUGAGGACAAAUAUCCUUGUCCGAAAAAGAUGCAAAUCAAUAUGACGGGAUUUUUAAAUGGGAAAAAUGCACGACAAUUUAUGGAUGAACUAUGGGCUCUGUUGUUGUCCGCUCAGGAAUCAGAAACCGGUAUACCCGAAGAGUUUAUACAACAGAAAAAAGAUGAAAUUUUGAGGCGAGAAGAAGAGAAUAAGCUGUUUGAUAGGGAGAAAAGUGAUCCAGAUACGGCUCGGUCCGGUCGAUUUAGACCAAGAAGUAGCCGAGAUAGUAGCAGAGAACCAUCCGUUCAUCAAUCGGCACCGUCACCAUCACCUGGUCCGCGUAAACAGUCGGCCGACUCAACCAGUGUACCCGAUAAAAAUGACGACAACGCAUCGAAAGGCAAACGAAGCCCGACACCCGAAAAGAGCAAAGAUAAUGCCGGGAAAAUUUCAUCUUCGCGACAACAACGUUCACGCGAUCGAUCCACAGACAGAUCGAGAAGCCGCCAUACGAACUCGAAAAAUCAUUCCGAAAGUGCAUCGAAGAAACGUGAGUCGGAAGAACGGAAAAGCGAGUCGAAGACGGCAUUUUCCAGCGCUCAAAAGAAUACAUUGGAGGGUGGAACAAAAAAACGAAGCCAUCGCUCACGGACCCGGUCACACUCACGCUCACGCUCGAACAGUCGCAAAAGUAAAAGCGUUAGUCGAUCCAGAUCGAGAUCAACUGGUGCAAAGAAACGAUCACGCUCGCGUAGUCGCUCUACAUCCUCAGCUAAAAAUAAAAGUAAGGAAAUUCACAAGAGUGAAAACAGCGUGCAGAAGAAGCGGCACUAUCGCAACAAUAGAGACUCGUCACGUAGUGAAACUCCAGAAAGAGUUCGAGAUCGGCCAGAUCGGUUGAAUAACCGGCGGUCAACGUCACGCCAUCGGCGCAACUCAAGGAAUCGCUCGCCCAGAAAUCGUUCAAGGUCUCCACGUCGGGAUAUUCGUGAUAAUCGUGAUAGAUACAGAAGACGAUGGUCACCACCGCCUAAUCGUUGGGCUCAAAAUCGAAACCGACGCAGUCCAAUUCGUCCAAUGCAGCGUGACAAUCGGAAUCGCCGAAGUUUCAGCCGCGACCGAAAUAGAAAGCCAUUGAGAAAUUCCCGCGAUAGACGAUCAAGAGAUCGAAUUGAUAGACGAAGUCGAUCAAGAGAUCGGAGCCCACGUCCCAAUCAAAGAAAAGUGCCGAUUCGCGAUAGACACCAUUCGUCCAGAGAACGCGAACGACCAAGGUAUAGCGAUGGUGAUCGAAAGGCUGACAGAGAAAGCCAUAGCCAAAAGAGUAAGAUAGAACUGGAAGACGAGUCAAAGAAGCAUUCGAGUUUGGCCAAAGAGAAAUCAGAUCCGAAAGCUAAGUCACAAGCAUCGGGCAGUGACAGGGCGGCCAAAACAAAAACAGAUAAAAAACCAAGCGAAGAGGUAGCCAAAACAAGUGAUCCACGACUGGUUCGCCAGUAUUCUACUAGCUUAUCACGCACGCCAUCACCAUUCUUGAAAAAAAAUGAGCGAGCACCAAAAGCGGACAGUAAAUCGGUAAAAAAGUUGGUUAAACCGUCAACUGACGAGUCAAGCGAUGAGUCGGAUUCAUCAGAGAGUGAACUUGAGGUAAAGAAGAAGAAGAAAUAUACGUCAUCAGGGAGCUCGAGUGAUGAACGCGAAGAAAGAGAAAAGGAAAAAGAAAGAGAGAAGGAAAAGGAAAGAGAGAAAGAAAAAGAAAGGGAGAAGGAAAAAGCAAGGGAAAAAGAAAAGGAAAAAGAAAAGGAAAAGGAAAAGGAAAAAGAGAAGGAAAAAGAGAAGGAAAGAGAACGUGAACAAAAAGAGCGAGAGCGGGACCGAGAACGAGAAAAGUCGUCAUUGGGCAGACACAAGCGCGUAAGUGAAGCAAGUGUUGAAGAAUCGACGGCCAGUAAGAAGGCAAAACUCGAUGAAUCGGUUAGCCGAAAGCCGAAGCGUAGAGUAAGCACAUCUGAAUCCGAGGCGGAUUCAUCGAAAGCAUCGUCAAAAAAGAAAUCGAAAACAUCGUCACGAAAAGUGUCCGAUGAUGACAGCACAUCCGAUUCGGAAGCCGAAGAGAAACGUAAAAAGGCAAAGAAAAACAAAAAGCAUAAGAAACACAAAAAACAUAAGAAGCAUAAGAAGCAUGGUAAAAACGACAAGGACUCGAACAACGACUCGCAAUCAGAUGAUGGACGCACACGAGGUACACACUUUGUCAACGACGAUUUGGAGAAACAGUUACGAGAAAGGGCACUGAAAUCUAUGAAGAAACAGAACAGCAGUACUUCAGAUUAAAAGUCAACCAUUUGUCAUUUCGUUUGAGCACCGAUUUACUUUUCUAUAUUCUGCUUUAGAUUUUUAGGUUUUUUCCCAGCAAAUUAUUCCAUAGCCAUUUUUUUGGCUACCACUUGGAUCCAUAGUGCUCAUGCAAGUUCUUCUCGUUUUCAUUUCUUCUUCGAGUAAAAAUAUACAUGAAAUCACAUAUGUAGCAGAGAGAAAAUGGAUAGAAUUCGAUUAUUGAAAUACAUUUAUAAAUUAAGACCACUCACGGAUUUGUAGUGAUUCAUCCCUAGAUUAUGAUUUUGAAUUGGCAUCAAGUAUAAAUUAUUGUUGUAAUAAAAAUGUCAGUCGCAACUGGAAUUACAUUUAAAUUCAAACCACAUUACAUUUACAAAAAUAAAGAAACUGAACCAAA